UUUAACUCUCUGGCAUUUUUGAACUAAAUAGGAAGGAGCAAGCUUUUAUAAGAUGACUGGUCUGGGUCCUUUGCCUCAAGCCCUUUAUAAUGGAGAACCCUUUAAGCUCGAACAGCGGAAUACUGAAGAGCUGGAAACAAGUGUUCUUCACAGAAUGAUGGAUGCAACCAUAAAUUUACAGAAAGAAGUUUUCAUGGGCACAUUAAAUGAUCGAACAAAUGUAAUUGAUUUCCUUAUGGAAAAGAAUAAUGUUGUACCCCGUUUAAAUCCUUUGAUUUUGCACACAAAAUGGCAGUACCUUAAUUUAAUACCCACAUCAGUAACUGCUGAUGUUGAAGAUUUCUCUACAUUCUUUUUCUUGGAUUCACAAGAUAAGAGUGCUGUAAUAGCAGAGAACAUGUAUUAUUUAACCCAAGAAG